AAUUUGUUUCAGUUUCAAUUCAAUACUUUCAAUCACAUUGAUGUUACUAACAGAACUAGUAGUUUUCUUGGUUUUAUACAUAUACAACAGUAUUUUUGCGUCAUAUUUAACUAAUUUUUAUUACAAUUCCUUACUGAGAAUACAUAAAUAAAGUGAAGGCUAGAAAACAUGGAUAAUAAUAUAACCCAUAGAAGAAUUAGACGACGAGAUUCCGUUCCUGGCACUCACACUCCUGGUACAAGUGAUAUAUCUACAUCUAAAGCUUUAAUUUUAGUCUUGAUAAUUUUUACCUCUUCACUGUUGGCUUUGGGACUUCUAUAUAGACAAUUUCCGGAUUUGGAAGAGCAAGAGAGACAGCAUCUAAAAUUGCCAUGGGACCUUGAUGAUGCCAAGCAACUUGGUUUGGUGUUGGAUCGCUACAAGGACAAGUACUUCUAUGAAGUUAUGAGUGGGGUUUUUAUAAUUUACAUAUUCUUGCAAACUUUUGCAAUACCUGGGUCCAUAUUCCUCAGUAUUCUGUCUGGGUUCUUGUUCCCGUUUUACCUAGCUCUAGUCAUGGUGUGUUGCUGCUCUGCAAUCGGAGCCAGCCUCUGCUUCUUCCUGUCCAAUCUCCUUGGGAAAAAACUGGUGAAGAAGUUCUUUCCAGAGAGAGCUGCGCAAUGGUCAAAAGCUGUUGAAAAGCACAAAAACAAUCUGCUGAACUACAUAAUAUUUUUGAGAGUGACACCCUUCUUACCCAACUGGUUCAUUAACAUGACAGCACCCGUUAUAGGUGUGCCUCUAGUGCCAUUUGCUGUAGGAACUUUUAUUGGUGUUGCCCCUCCGUCUUUCGUAGCAAUUCAAGCUGGGCAGACUCUCCAUACCCUUACAUCCACAAGUGAUGCCUGGUCUUGGACCUCCAUCACUGUCCUCAGUGUAUUUGCUCUAGUCUCACUUAUACCAGUUCUACUCAAGAAUCGUCUAAGAGAAAAGUUUGAAUAAACUUUAUGGAAUUGUGCUUAUAAGAUAAACAGGAUGAUUUGUUGUUUGUGUGAUUUCAGUGGAACUUAGUGACAUACCAUUAGUAAUUAUUUUUAAUAGUACAGUUUAGCAAUUGUUUUUUGCACUUUCCUGGUUGAAUGUUACUUUCUAAAAGUUAAUAUUUUUAAAUAAUUUAUUUAGGAUGGCUGGUUUAAUUUAUAAAUGUUAAUAAAUUGACUUUCUUAUUUGA